GCGGAGUUCAAACCUAGUCAGAGAUCAGAUGGCGGAAGUGAUGCUGCCAUUAUGGUUUUCACAUGAAGCUUGGGGACCGUACAGUAGGCGUCCAUCCAAGAUAGCCGCCGAGUAGUUUUAGUUGCCCAUUCAUUUCUGAGGGAAGAGUUUAAUUAAUGUUGACAACAUCGCUGUUAAUUGAGCACAGAAACGGCUUGGUAUUUUUCUAGGGGCGUUUUCACUUUCUGAAGGAGCCAUGUCUCCGUCUGUGCGCCUGCAGGAGAUGAUCAGGGUGAUCAGAGGAGCCCGUACACAGGGAGAGGAGCGUGGUGUGAUCCAGAGGGAGUGUGCUGCAAUCCGGGCGCAGUUCAGACAGGCUGACAAUGGGACGCGCUCUCACAAUCUGGCAAAGCUGCUGUAUGUGCACAUGCUGGGUUACCCUGCCCACUUCGGUCAGAUGGAGUGUGUGCGUCUGAUUGCCAGCCCUCGGUACAAUGAGAAGCGUGUUGGGUACCUGGGUGCCAUGAUGCUUCUAGACGAGAAGCAGGAUGCUAGCCUUCUCAUCACUAACUCCAUCAAGAAUGACCUGUCCCACAGCAGUCAGUAUGUCCAGUCUCUGGCUCUGUGUACUCUGGGCUGUAUGGGCUCAGCUGAGAUGUGUCGAGACCUGGCCCCAGAGAUCGACCGCCUCCUCAGAGCCUCUAACUCCUACAUCAAAAAGAAGGCCGCUCUUUGUGCGGUGCACAUAGUGAGGAAAGUACCAGAACUAGGAGAGCUGUUUACCCCUGCAUCUCGAUCCCUGCUCUCUGAAAAGAACCACGGGGUGUUACAUGGAGCUGUGGUUCUGAUCACUGAGCUGUGUGAGCGCAACCCAGAAACACUAGAGCAGUUUCGCAAGGCGGUGCCGGAGCUGGUCCAGAUAAUGAAAGGCCUGGUGAUGUCUGGUUACUCUCCAGAACACAAUGUGGCUGGUAUCAGUGACCCCUUCCUACAGGUGCGCAUUCUUCGGUUGCUGAGGAUCCUGGGUCGUAAUAACGAAACAGCUAGUGAUGCCGUGAAUGACCUGCUGGCCCAGGUGGCCACGAACACAGACAGCAGUAAGACCGCAGGCAGUGCUGUGUUGUAUGAAACCGUUCUCACUGUCAUGGACAUCAAAUCGGAAAGUGGCUUGAGGGUCCUAGCUGUGAACAUCCUGGGGCGAUUUCUUCUGAACAACGAUAGGAACAUCCGGUACAUCUCAAUGACUUCCCUACAGAAGAUUGUUCAGACGGACCACAAUGCAGUGCAGCGUCACAGAGGGACCAUAGUGGACUGCCUGAAGGACCAGGAUGCCUCUGUCAAACGCCGGGCACUGGAGCUUUCUCUGGCCCUGGUGUCAGCCGUCAACAUCCGCUCUCUGAUGAAAGAGCUGCUCCUCUUCCUCUCCAGCUGUCCCCCAGAGCUCAGAGCACACACCACCUCGGGCAUCUUCAACGCUGCCGAGAGGUAUGCUCCCUCUCAGCGCUGGCACAUUGACACCAUCCUGCAUGUCCUCACCACGGCAGGGGGCGACGUGAGGGACGAGACGGUUCCCAACCUGAUCCAGCUCAUCACCACAGCGACAGAACUCCACUGCUACACGGUCCACAAGCUGUACAGAGCCCUGAUUGCAGACAUCUCAGUGCAAUCCCUGGUACAGGUGGCAUGCUGGUGUAUUGGGGAGUAUGGAGACCUGCUUCUGAGAGGCGAGUGUGAGGAGACAGAACCUGUUCAGGUGGCAGAGGAUGACGUCCUGGACGCCUUGGAAACGGUUCUACAGUCGCAUAUGUCGUCGCCGGCAACCAGGGGCUUCGCUCUCACGGCGACAAUGAAACUCAGCACGCGCAUAACACACAACGUGGAUCGCAUUAGGAGCAUUGUCAGCAUCUACGGCAGCUGCAUCGACGUGGAACUCCAGCAGAGGGCAGUGGAAUACAACGCUCUGUUUAAGAAAUACGACCACAUGAGGGCUGCCGUUCUGGAGAGAAUGCCAGUGAUUGACAAGAGCUCACCGGGACAUACCAAUGGAGAAUCAGCAGGGGGGUCUAUCAAAGAGAUGGAGCCAACCAAACGGACACAGGAAGUAGUAUUACCCCAGGAACCUGCUAACCAGGUGUGUGAUCUGUUGGACCUGCUAGGUGGUUCUGGGGAGCCUCCCCAGCCCAGCCCCGCCCUGUCCACCACAAUGCUAGGCCCUGUUAGCAGCACGGCUGGGGGAGACUUACUGGACCUGCUGGGAGGCCUGGACGUCACACCUGUGCCACCUAGUGUUAUAGUGUAUGAGAAGAACGGCGUGACACUGAAACUACAGACUGACAGACAGACAGACACGGGCAUGACCAUUACCCUCACUGCCACCAACUCUACUGACAGGGAGAUCACCAGCCUCACCCUGCAAGCAGCAGUACCCAAGAGUGUCCAGUUACAGAUGAAGGCUCCGAGUGGUGACGUCAUCCCCGCACACGGCUUAGGUCAGGUGACCCAGACUGUGCUCCUCAACAACCCCAACAAGGUGAGUCUGAAAAUGAGGGUGCGCGUGUGCUACACCAGCCAGGACUUUGUCUGCCAGGACACGGUGCAGAUCGACUCAUUUCCCAGCCCCGCCUGGUAAUGACCGCUGAAAUCAACCUGUCCAUCAACACUCACAUCAGACCAUGGAAGGAUCGACAACCGACCAGGCCCAGGAGUGGGGAUCCAUUCUACCUGACAGCUGCCUGUCAAUCAACUAUUCUACAGUACAACCUGAUGUUUUUCCAAAUGACUCUUCUUUAUUUUUCUAAAUGGCUGACCCUCAAGAACUGUGGAAAAUGUCCCCCUACAGUUGGCAGGGAUUUAUGUAGAUAAACUCUUGAUACUGUCACCCUAAAAGCCAUUGUCACCAUGACCUUUUCAGCUUCUGAUUGGACUACUGGUAUUACAUUUCCCAUAGCAUAACCAACAGUAUUAAUGGCACUAUCUUUGGUGUGUAUUUGGUGUCACAUCAACCAACAAUAGUAAUAUGCAGCUGUCUGCCUGGCCCCGUGGGACUUGUCCAAUCAGAAGAUACAUCUAUCCUGAGAACUGUGCAACCAAGACUGUCCCCCUGAAAGGCGUCUGUCGGGAUAGUCGUUUAAGAGAGUCCCUUGAAGUCUUGACCCGUGCAACCGCGACAACUUUUCUUUCACUCCAGGACUACUUUACCUACCUACUGUUGUGGCUCACUGUUACAGUUCCCUCUCGUCAAUCUGAGCCGUGUGAUUAGCAUCCACUAACACUACGCCUUAUCCAUACUUAACGGUACAUGCCUUCCAUUGGUGUACUCUCCUCCUCCCUACCUCUAUUUACCAACUGCUCCUCUCUUCCCCUGUGCCUGUCACUCAGAACCCCUUUUGGAGCUGAGGUAUUAUCACCUAUGUGUAUAUAGACUUUAUUUUGAGGUGGGAGUUGCUGUUUUAUCUGUGAACGACGUGUAGUACCGGGAAAGAGAAUUCAGUUUGUGUGCAUUGCCUUUGACAUUUGUAAUUAAAAGGUUAUCAAAUUGAA